AUGGCACAGACAGUCCCGAACAUCCCUCGCGACGGGCGUCUGAUAUCGCUCAUCCUCGCAUCCAAAGGCAUAGAAGACGCAGACGAACGAGUCAUACACCAGCUCCUUGACUUUUCAGCAAGAUAUACAGCAGAUGUCCUCUCUUCUUCCCAAACUCUGUCCGACCACGCUGCAAGAACAGGCGCCAGCUCGAACAGAAUCGAGAAGGACGACGUUGAGCUUGCUAUAAAAAUGAGAAAGCUUUAUGAAUUCUUCGAGGCGCCUCCGCGAGAUUAUCUCGCGACUCUGGCACACGAGCUCAACUCUCAUCCCCUUCCCAUCCUGCCAGAAACAUUCGACAUCAUCCGUCUUCCUCCGCCCCACCAACGAUUGGCAGAGGUCAACUUUGAUAUUGUCCCUGAUGUCGAGGUGGCGUAUUUGGAAGAGGAGGACGAUGAGAGUGACGAGGAGAGGGAAUGGGAUGAGCAGAAUGGAGAAGAGGCCAAGGCCGAGGAAGACGAUGGGGAUGAGGAGGAAAUGGAAGAGGUUGGGGUAGAAGGUCCGUCACUUAUGGAGCCUACGGCUCCUACCAGGCAGGUCGACGUGGAUGAGGAUUACGACAUGUAA